GCGUAACCCCUGGAUAUCAAGGAUGUCGGCACCUCAACUAGUUUAAAUACAAACAAGUUUCAAUAUCAGUCCAAAACUCUCAGAAUUGUGGUAGUGUGACGUUAUACAAUUUUGUUUCAUUAAUUGGAACCCCAUGGACAAUUGAGCAGACCGACGUUCGGAAAAGAAUUUGUAUUUUACUUAGCAGUUGAGCAAAAGCGUUUAACUAAGAUAUCGUCUUUAAAGUUGUCCGUGUAUCUAUUGGGUCGCUUACCUGACAGAAAAAUGUUUUGAGACCACCCAGCAAUCGAGCAUCACCGUCAGAGGCCCACCAGGGGGCGCGAUCCGUUAUAGACAAACGUGAUCCGUUAUAGACACAAAAACGGUAGGCUUUGUUUUGUUAAUUUUGUUUUAUAUGGUCAAUGUUCAUACAUUAUUUUAAUAUGACAUGAAAGGAUAUACUUUGUAGAUUCUAUAAAUAUACAAUGUUUGUGGUAACCCUGUUCUCAGAAAUUGUGUGGAUCGUUUUUUCGCCGAGUGAUCCGCUACUGACGUAACAACUGUAUUAUAUCACACCAACAUGAGAAACAGAAUGGCUUCAAGUACAAGGCCUAUAGGAGGUGUUACUGUCUUUGAAGAGGAUGACAACAAAUCGCAAAGGACAGAUUCAGAUCAAGAUAUGGAGCCCCAGGUACCAAUUGGUACCUCUGACAACAAUUCAGAUCAAGAUAUGCCUUUGAGCUGUUCCAUUACCCCAGAAUUGAAUCCUGCCUUGGCCAAUAGUGCCUCUCCUAUCAAUACCAGCAAGAAUGAUGAGAUGGAUUUAAUACCAGAUGCAUCAAACGCCUGUUUCAAUAUUGAUCUCACAGAAGAUUCCUUAGUAGUAGACGAUGUUGAAGCUGUUCCUGAUGACUCUGACCCACCUCCAACCAAUUCUAGAUCUAUUCAACCAACUGACAAAGACAUUUUAUUAAUUUUAUUAUGUCUGUUACUUUUUGCCUUUUAUGCAUAUCUACAAGAAGAUAUGCCACACUCAAAUAACAUUAGAGGUCAACCUCGCAGAGAGACCCUCAACGAGAGUAGUGCAUACUCAUCUGUACGUCCCGAUUUACCUCGUACUGAAAUGGAUGCGGAAUUGCCAGUUCCAGGUAACAACCUGCAUCCAGUGAAUGGAACAGCCAAUGAAAGCUACAUGGCAAGCAUGUUGAGGCAAGAAUCUAGGCAGCAGAAUUACCAAAAUGUUGUCCAUAUGCAGCAUCAUGCUGAGACCUGCCUCAUUGACAAAGAACAACCCGAUGAUGGAGCAAGAUCAACUGAGGUUACUGAAGUUCUGCCAAACAGUAGAACUCGACCACCAGAGACCCGACCUCAAGGUGUUCCUCAUGGAGGUGGGAUUGGGAUUCCCUUAAUAAAUACUUGCAACAUGGAUCAAUUUUUGAACGGGUUGCACCAAAUCUUUCGUUUCCCGUUAUUCCUGCAACUUUUAGAAGAACUAGCAGGGAGAUUUCCAGAUUCAUAUCGGCAUCUGUGGGAGGCAGUCCUUCUUUGCAAGAAAGGUCGCUUUGCAGAAGCAAAAUUUCGUCUAGUGCCAUACGUCUACGAUAUGCUAAGCUCAGAAGGUCAGAGGGUAAUGCCCCUCAUUGAGAGGCAACUUUGUCACAGGAGUGACACACUCUGCGAAGGAUGUCACACCAGUUCUUUAGGACUACCGGUGUAUAACAUCCCUUUGGGGAAUUUUGAUCCUUCGACAGGUUUCCAGGAAGCUUUCAGGUCCUACUUUAUUCAACAUGGAGUAUGCCGUCGGGAAGGGUGUAAUGGUCAGACAACCAGCAAUGCUGUAUUUGAAUCGGGAACUCCACCAUUGAUCCUGGCGGUGAACUUGAUCUCUCUACGUCAUCGCAUACCAAACAGUCAAGUUGUCAAUGAUAGAGAGAUUGUAGAGCUGUUUGGAGAGAGGUAUAUGAUGUUCCUCUUCACAUUUGUUCGACCUGGAAACGAGGAUCUUCACAUUCUAGGGCACUAUAUGUCCCGUGCCUUCAUACCAGAAGGUAGAACAGACAGCGAAGGCAGACCAACAGGAAGAUGGUACUACUACCCGAACAAUCAAGAAGGCGAUCUUGAACCCUGGACAACAGAUCCUCCCGAAACAUUCCCGAGUUAUGCCUUCUUCAUUAGACUUCCUGCUCCCUCUGAAGCUGCCCCUUGUACUGUCCAGGAGGAGGAGGAGACCCCACACAGUGAGGACAAUGAAGAUGAUGGCUAGUAGACUAGCAUUGUUAACUGUUCUGUCUACAGUAAGGUGUAUAGCUUUACAUAUAACCAAGACAUAAUUUUUCCUCAAUGAGACUGAAGAAAGACCCCCUUAAAAUUCUGCAAUUGUAUUUUUCUGUAGAAUUUGAUGGGAUGUUUGAACUCUUAAUGUUUGUGAUAAUCCUAGGUCAGAAUGACCUGAUGUUGACUGAUUCAUUAAUUACGGUCGAUAAAUUAUAGACCCAUGAUUAAUUGGAUAAUGACCCGGACCAAGUUGCUCAAAGUCUGAUCAACUAAGAAAUAUUAUCAGUAAUGAAAUUGUUUUGGUUAACUAUUAUGAAGCUAACCAUGCUUUGAAAACUUAGUCCUGAAUGUUUCCAUCUUCCUAAUUCUAGGUGCUAAUUCUACGCUUUACCAUUUUUUGUGUAAGUAUAUUGAUAAUACUUAAGCAACAAGACCUUGAACAAAAAUAUUUGUCGGUAGUACAAACCACAAAAUAAAUAUAAAUUUCUGGUUGUUGUAGAGGUCGCAGGAUUACAAUUCAGUUGUUGGGUCAAGGUCAAGGUCACUGUAACUAUUUUUAGAAAAUCCUUGUCAGUGCUCUAGCGGCUUCAUUCCUUGGGAUUUUUUAACACCAAAGGGCAACAUAUAAUUUCGAUUUUGGUUCCGGUCAUGUGUCGAAUAUUCCUGAUAACUCUCAUAUAUGCAUGGACAUUUUUAUGUACCUGCAUUCAUUCACUUCUGAUCUUCACUUGUGUGUCUUAAUUGAUCAAUUUCAUGCUAUAUUUAAUUAUGAGAAUACCUUGAACGAGUUCGUGUUUAAGGUACCAAGAUUAAGAUAGUUUUUACUAUAAAAUGAAUGUAGAAUUUUUAUUCAUCAAAUCAUUUCUGCAGUGAUUUUGAUCAGACUUGGUAAUAACCUAACAUAAAAGUAGCUUGUACAAGAAUUUGUGUUACUGUCAUGGUCACAUUUUUAACUGUUCUAAACUCUCUUGAAGGAAGUUUUAAUGUCAAUUUAAAAUUUGUAUGCCCCCGCCAUAAAAUGGGGGGGGGGGCAUAAAGUGUUGUCCAUGUCCAUCCCAUCCCGUCAAACAUCAUCAUCACUGAAACUCAUUUUACAUGGUGAUGGGGGCAUUCAUGUCUUGCAGACAUUUUCUAGUUUAAAAACAUUUUAUCUUUAUUAAAGGCCAAAGGUUGAAAAAGGGAACACCCAGUAUGCACUGAUGUUAAUGACAACUUUAUUGAGGGAACCAUAAAUUUUGAUUUAAGGUUUAUGUAGCAUAUGUUUAUCUGUCGUUGGUAACUAUUUGUGUAUAUGGGACGUGUAUGGACAGAUGUUAGCAGCCACUGAUAGGUGUUAUAUUACUUCACAACCCUCAAUGUUUUCAUUGUUUUUUGUACAAUAGCACAUUCACACAGUGGGAAAGAGUCUUAGUGUUAUGAAGAUGGAAAUUGUUUUUGUCAUUAACACAAUUUGAAUCUGACAUAUCAUGGUAAACUGACAUAUCAUGGUAAACUGACAUAUCAUGGUAAACUGACAUAUGGUAAACUGACAUGGUAAACUGACAUAUCAUGGUAAACUGACAUGGUAAACUGACAUAUCAUGGUAAACUGACAUAUCAUGGUAAACUGACUGACAUAUCAUGGUAAACUGACAUAUCAUGGUAAACUGACAUAUCAUGGUAAACUGACAUAUCAUAGUAAACUGUCAUAUCAUGUAAGAACCACAAAUGAAUUUCCCACACCAAUUGUUUUAUUGCUGGGAAAGUGCCAAGCCAUAUUUUUGUAAACAUCCCUGUAUUGUGAAUGUGAACAAAUUUUCAUCAGAUGUAUUUUGCUGUAACAUUUUGAGAUUGUCAUAUUUUGUUGUAUGUAUUUUUAAAAUGCACUUAAUAUAUUGAUAGCCGUGUAUUUUGACAGUUAGCUUAAGGAGAUUAUAUAAUUAAUUAGCAUACAUGAUGGUAACAUUAUGAAAAUAGCAAACACAUUUAUUAUUGAAAGUUAGACACGGUUCAGUUUUAAUUGUUUGUUUAAAAGUAUUUGAAUAUAUUUUCUGGAAACACUUUUGGGUGAGGUAUGCUGUUUCAGUGCAUGUCAAAUCACAGAUAUUCAAGCAUACACUCUGUAUACUAUGUACCUCAAUGCGAUGAUAAUCUCCUUAACAGGACUUGUUAGGAUCGAGAGAGUGAAUUCACUUCAUUAAGUUAGUCGGUCUGUAAACCUUUUUCUUACUGCUUUUUCUUACAAAUGACUCAAUGGAUUUUAAUGAAACUUAGUGUGCAGAUUCCAAUUAAUCCAUAAUUGUGCAUGGUCUAAUUUGAGAAAGAUCAGAAAAUGAAAAAUGGUUGCCAGCCAGCCAGCCGUCCUGUAUUUUUGUAUUUUUGGAAGAUUUUUACCAAUAGACCUUAAGUGAAUAUCAAAACUGUGAGCUAUGUAUUACAUCUCAAACAAUUUUAAAGUUCUAGACCAGCUUCAGUAGAUCUGACUUCAAACAUCAGAUGCUGUAAGGGUCCUAGUUUGUAUAGUCCAGCCACUUUGUCAGUGUUCUCAUCAAUGUAAAAAAAAAAUGUUUUUUAGCAUAUAUUUGAUUAUGUGAAUACCUCGAACGAGUCCAUGUUCAAGGUACAAAGAUUAUGAUAGUUUUUACUAUAAAAUGUAUGUAGAAUUUUUAUUAGUUAAAUUUCAUUUCUGCAUUGAUUUUGAUCAGACUUGGUAAUAACCUAACAUAAAAGUACCUUGUACAAGAAUGUGUGUUACUGUCAAGGUCACUGUCUACUAUUUACAGAGAAAAACAUGUUUAACUGCUCUAAACUCACUUGAAGGAAGUUUUAAUGUUCAGAUGUCAUUUUUUUUUUUUUUUUU